AUGCUUCAGCAGUUCUCCGCAGAUUAUGUGCUGGGCACUGCUGAUUACCGGAUAGUUGGGUCAAUAAUAAGAUCCACGCUUUUCCAGAUUGCGGAAUCUCAUUAUGUACGUCAUCGUGUCUUACUGUUAUAUUUCUGUCGCUUGAAGGAAGAAGGAAGAAAGCCACGUGCGAGUGUAAUGCUGGAACUGAAGCUUGAGUCGCAGGCAGUGGCUCUGCAUAUCACAGUAGCAAAGAAGGAGCAAGUAGCUAUCAAGAAAAUCAGUCCUUUUGAAAACGAGGCUUACUGCCAGAGAACCCUGAGGGAGAUAAAAAUCUUACUUUGCUUCAGACAUGUGAAUAUCAUUGGCAUCAUUGAUAUUAUCCAUGCACCAACCAUCAACCAAAUUAAAGAUGUAUGAAAAGUAGAGGACCUAAUGGAAACAGACCUUUCAAAAGUCUUGAAGACCCAACAACUCAGCAAAAACCAUCUCUGCUAUUUUCUUUACCAGAUGGUUAAAAAGUUAAAAUAUAUCCACUCAGCUAACAUUCUGCACUGUGAUCUCAAGCCUACAAACCUGCUGCCCAACACCACCUAUGCUUUGAUCAUUUGCAGCAAAGUAUCUGACAUCAUAAUGCUCUGUGACUUUGGUCUGAUCCACAUUGCAGAUCCUGAUCAUGAUUACACAGGGUUCCUGACAGAGCAUGUGGCCACAGGUUGGUACAGGGCUCCAGAAAUAAGGAUUCCAAGGGCUAUAACAAGGGCCAUGACUAUUUGGUCAGUGGACUUCAUUCUGGCAGAGAUGCUCUGCAACGGGCCCAUCCUUCCAGGAAACCAUUAUCUUGACCAGGUGAACCACAUUCUAGGCAUUGGACUGCUGGACAAAAUGUUUACAUUCAAUGCUCACAAGAGGAUUGAGGUUGAACAGGCUCUGGCCCACUCAGAUCUGGAGCAGCACUAUGACCCAAGUGAUGAGCUCAUUGCUGAAGUGUCAUUCAGGUUUGAUGUGGAACUGGAUGACUUUCCUGAGGAAAAUCUCAAAGAACUCCUUUUAGAAGAGACUGUAUUUAUUCCUACCACUGUGUACUGUGGCAUAGAUGUGGUGGUCUGUCUCAAUGCCAUGCCUCCUGACUCCCACACUGCCCUCCGUGAAAAUGCUAUCCAGCAGAUCAUUUAG